AUGGAAAUAGAAUUACUUUCAAGAGAAACCAUCAAACCUUCAUCACCAACUCCAUCUCACCUCAAACUUUACCCACUUUCAUUCAUAGACAACAUUAUUUUCAGAAACUAUGCGCCAUUGCUUUAUUUUUACAACCCAAACAAGAGUAUAGACCAAAAUUCAAAAAUAUCACAACUUCGAAAAUCCUUAUCUCAACUUCUAUCCAAAUACUAUCCUUUUGCUGGUAGGAUUAAAGAUAGAAUUACCAUUGAAUGUAAUGACCAAGGGGUGUUGUUUUUAGUCACAAAGAUAAAAAACAAACUUUCAGAGAUUCUUCAAAAUCCUACUGAAAAAUUGUUGAACCCUUUGUUCCCUGAUGAAUUACAAUGGAAAGAAAUGGAUUGGAGAGCAAGUUUUAUAGCCAUUCAAAUAAAUUGGUUUACAUGUGGAGGAAUGGUAAUAAGUAUUUGCAUGACUCACAAAAUUGGUGAUGCUUCAACCAUUUUCAAAUUCAUGAAUGAUUGGGCCAUUAUCAACCAAAAGAUAGAGGAAGAUAAAAAAGAGUUAUUAGUAUCACCCUUGAGUUUACUUGAUGCAGGGGCAACAAUUUUUCCACAAAGGGAUUUGCCUAUCUUCCCAGAAAUGGUGAUAAAGAAAGAAAACAAUGUCGUAUUUAAAAGGUUUGUUUUUCAACCUGCAAUGAUUAAGUCUCUUAAGGCAAUGGUGACUUCUAGUUCCAUGCAUUCUCCCACGCAAGUACAAGUUGUAACUGCAUGGAUUUACAAGCAUGCCGUUUCAAUAAUGGGGUUAAAUUUCCAGACGGCAAUGUUUAGCAUGAUUGUCGAUCUUCGUAGAAGAAUGGUUCCUCCAUUGUCUGAACAUUGUGUAGGGAACAUAUUUUGGUUUUCGUCUAUGUUGGCAAAUAAGAAGGAAAUGGAACUAGAAGAUUUGGUCUGCCAGAUAAAAGAAGGGUUAUCUGAAUGUUGUAACGUUUAUCCAAAAUUAUUUAGAGAGAAAGAGAACAAUAAUAUAUCUGAAUGCUUGAAGCAAGUUACAGAACCUUAUUCCGAGAAUAAAAAUUUGUUUACGUUUAGUAGUUGGUGUAGGUUUCCAAUGUAUGAAGCAGAUUUUGGAUGGGGAAAACCAAUAUGGAUCACCACUACUGGUUUGUCUUCAAGGAAUAUUAUAUUUUUGAUGGAUACAAGAGAUGGAGAUGGGAUUGAAGCGAUUGUGAACAUGGAAGAUAAUUAUAUGGCUAAGUUUGAACAUGAAUUUGAGCUUCUUCAAUAUGCGUCUUUUAAUCCAAACAAUGCUAGACAUGAUGUAAUACCCUCAAAAUUGUAA